GGGGGUUUUAUAGGCUGAUGGGGGCAAAACUCGGAGGUAUGGAUAUAUCUGUUUACAGUUCCUCUUCGAGUGGUCGUGAGGGAGGAAGCGGCGCUAUCAAAACUUUCGUCCCAAUCAUAGAUGAGGAAGAGGCGCAAAGGAAGAGUAUGAAUAGAGUCCGGGAAAGAGGAAAAAUAAUUCCGUAUUUCGAUGGAUGACGAGGUAGUGGUUUGGAGGGCUCUCGGUGUCGCGCUGUUGUCACCAGGCCGCUGUCACCGAGGAUGCUGCAACCAGAUGUUUUUGUCACCGAGACACAUUCCAAAUCUUGUUGUCGCCCCGAGGUUCGCUGGCUGUCAGUCGUAAUAUUCAGACUUGGAUUCGAUUGUUAACGCCCUCGGCAGCGAUAUCUAUCAACGGCUUCUACAAACCGUACUGGGAUGCCAUGUAAUCGUCAUCAAGGUAGCCAUUCUCGUCUAUGCGCAUCAUUGCAACAUACUGUGAACUAUUUAUACCCCCAUCAAUACUGUUCUAACUGUCUUUUGAGGCUAGUUCCCAAGACAAAAAUGAAACCACGUGAUAUCGUGUCACUAACGCGGUGCUGCCUUCCCUUGCUCUCACAAAAGCCAAAGGGUCACAAUUGAACCCCGCGUGACAAUAGCCACCAUGCACUCUUUUACCCUGAGCCCUUGCUCUGCUCAAAUUACCGCCAGCACAUGAACUUCAUCUCCAGGCUACAACGACAAACAGAUCAAGAAGCACAGAAUGAAGUUGACGCGAUAGACACGCCGAGUGACAGAAUUUUGUCGCGUUCUCUGCGUGUAUGCAAGUCAUCGCCGCGACGCAAGGGUGGCACUGACCACUCACACUUCCCGCGAUCGAUGGCGGCCACGACCAGCAAGGCUGGAGAUCCAUGUUUCUCAACCUCACAACCACUCGCACUCUGGCAAGACGGGCCAUUGCACGUAACGGCUGGGUCCGAAUCGCUUGAUACUCAGCUUAUAAGGAAUCUUCAGGAAAAACACCUCUUGGACGACUCUCAGGUUGCUUUUCUGUCGGUAGCCGUGCCUACUGUGCCUCGGCUGGAACACGUCUUUUCACAGCCUUCUCAGGUACUUGUCGACAGGGAACCGGCGAUUGAUGGGCAAAGUGGUGGAAGAGAGGAUACUCGGACGUCGGAUAUUGUUGAUUUUGGCUCCUUGCUCGAGACCCAAGCACGACGCGCGAGCACUGCGGGGAAUGAAGAUGGACAGGACGAAACCAGCUUGAACAGAGAUCGGCCCAACAAGGAAGAAUUGCAUCGAAAGAAAGGCGAACCUGUGUCUAUAACGACUGAUAAAGAUAAGGCCCUGAAUCGCCGCGACGACAAACACCAGCCACGACGCGCUGAGUCACAUCGUUCCGGAGAAAAAUCCAAUGACUCCAAGCAAUCACCACGAACAUACACCCAACGCUCUGCGACAAGCACCACCAAGCAUGGGAAGAGCCUGAAUAGGCCCACGAAACACAGCAUGGAUGACUGGCAGCCAUCAGACGCCAAUCUCGGCGAACCAGAUGGCUCUCCCACACAGAAGAAUAAUAGCCUUGCUUAUGGCGAUAUGCAUAUGCCUUCCUCGUCUCCUGUGCCUGGUCACGAUGAUGAACUCCCUUUGCAAACGAAUCUGGAUCCCACAGCCUCUGCGAGGAGUUACGACGAGAAUGAAGCAGGCGGCGUACGCUUCUCCUUCACGACGAGCAAAGUACAUGCGCCAAUAAACCGCGAAUCUUCUAUAGGAAUAGAUGAGGGGUUCACGGUCCACGAAGCGCCUAUGCAAUUAGAGCCGGAGACGCCUGCCCCGCCUGAAAACCCAUUUGCGAAGUCGAAACCACCCUUGCAAGGGACACAGUUAUUCAAUAACACACAAUCGUCUCCGGUAGACCCUCAUGUCUUGGAGUCUGGGUCAUCUAGGCCUUCACCGGGCAUGUUUGGUUUCGGGGUGCAGUCGUCGCGAAAUCGCGUCCUGUCGUCAGUCACCGACCGCUUUCAGCAGGCUUCAUACCAUCCUCCUGGAGACCUCUCAUCUCCUCUACUACAUCACGCGAAAUCAUCUGCUACAAAUCGCUCUCGCGAUAAUGAAGCGGCCGGCCAUGGCCACCGUCUUCUUGACUUCACCUCUCCGCUAUACCACCAUGGCAGCAAGACACCAGCUAGCGUAAGUUACCGUGGGCACAUCCCAGUUACUCACGAAACGCCGGUUCAGCGAACCUCAAAAAGCUUUCAGCACCGAGCAAUCAGCUUCAAAGGGUCAGAGCCGCAUGAAUAUGUCAGUCGCGAAGAGUCUCAACAACGCCGCUUGCAAAAGCAAGCACAAGCCGAGGCCGACAGCGAUAGUGAGGAGGAUUCGUUUGAGAGAGAGCAAGCAAUUCGUGCCAAGCAAAGGAAAAUGAGAGAGGAUGCUGCCAAAGAGCUUGCGCAAGUAUCUGUGACCCGCGCGCCGAAGGAGGAAGAGGAGGAGGAGGAAGAAGUCGAGGUACCAGCAACUGGCCAGAAGCGGCGGAGCGUAUCUCAGGAAUACGUCGCACAGUGUUACGGCGCUGAUGCGAGGGAUACCCAGACCAGUACCCAAAUUCGGGUCUCUAUAAAGACAGAUGAGAACGACCAGGGUGACACUCAGGCAGAUACCCAAGCAGAGAUGACUAUUGUCGAUUCACAAAUUCCAAUCGCGGCCCCUGUUGACAGUCCAUCUCCCAGUGACAGGUCAUCAAGGCUAGAAAAAGGCCCCAUACCUUCGAACGGCGGUUUCAAUUUGACCAACCAGUCAAACACUCCGUCUACUGACCCCAAACCUCAAGAGAACGAGGUGUUACCACCCUUACCCGCCCUUGGAAACAACUCAGAUACCGAAUCUGCACAUCGAGAAAGCUCCAUGUCCCCAAAAACGCGUGUACCUCGCACAUCCAGCGGUCGAUUUGGCAAGAGUGGUCUGCCUCAAACGCCUGGUCGCCUUUCACAGGUUGUCGCCAUGCCUGCAUCUACUGUUGAGGACAUGGUCCCUGAGACGAGCCCAGCCAAAUCAGACUAUAAGCUUUUUGAUAUGGAUGACUCCCCGGAGCCUUCUUUGGUCUCUAUUGGUGGUCUUGGUUUUACCCAGGAUGACCCGGAGUACGAUGCGAUUGCGAGCCCCAUCAGAGACCUUGCUAUGAAACGCGGGGUGAAGGUCGGUCUAGCCAAGGCAGUCAAGUCUAAUAUGGCCGCUUCCAAAAAUGUCGCGAUUUCAAAGAAAUCACGGGUCGUAUUUUCUGGGGAAUCAGCUAUGAGCUCUAGUCUACCUUUGAUUCCUUCUAUCAAACCCAAUCUCGAAGCACCUUCGCAGAAAGUCCCGUCGUCGGCAGACAAUUUGCAGAGCGCCGAUGUGGAUGCUGCUGAUUCAUCGCCAGUGAGGCCUGCUGCCCGACGCGCCGCAAGGAAAGCUCGUCAAUCUUCUGGUGUUAUGUUUGAUACCAAGCAGGUGCCCAGAGAAAGUCAAGGCAGCGAAGAUGACGUGGUUAUGGUUACUGCGCAAAAGUUGGUAUCGCCGAUUCGCCAGUCAAUUGAGACUGGAGGGAACGCUCUCACAGACGAGACGGAGCUACUUCCGUGCCCGUUUUAUAGCGCCGAUAAGCAGUGUAAUAUGAAGGACCAUCAGGCUUAUUAUCACGACGAAGAGAUUCGGCAGAUGUAUUUGAGAAAACAUCGGCCAACUGCUCCCAUAACAUCCAGUGGCAUAGCCAGUUCCACCGGGUCAAAAGAUUCGGUAUCUCUGCCGUCCACACAACAUAGUGGCAUGGCUGGGGAAAUAUCAUCUCAUCUCCCAACUGCAGCGAAUUUGAAGUCGUCGGAAAAUAUAUCUACACACGCUACUCCUAAUGGAUCGAAUCUUCGGCGCUCCACCAGCUCGUCUCUCUCUGAACUGCCAUCGGAGUAUGACAAUGAUGAGUUCUUCACUGCUGUCAUGGAGACUAGCAAUACUCGAGGCCGUGAAGGUAGUAGCAAGUCGACAGAUACAUCUGCAGAUACGAGUGGUAAUGGAACCCCUGCGCGAGAAUCUGCGGAAUCAAUGCCGCCGCCUACUGUCAGGCGUAAACUAUCAUUUCCUCAGGGACCGCUCACGGCUAGCCAAACGAAGUCUAGAAAUGAAGUAUUACACAGUAGCAAGGCAGUUGAAGCAGCUGGAAAGGCAAAGCUCGGUGCAAAGAGCUCCCGUAGCAACUCCAGAGCGUCACGGAGUACUAUUAGCACCACCGACUUGUCUGAGGACGAUAGUAGUAUUGUAGUGGAACGGACACCAGCCCGUCCUCAGCGCCCGGCUCGCUCCACACGCCGAGCCUCCAUAAACUAUGAUACCGAAUCCGACAGUUCCAAAUCCAGCUCCCCAGAUAUCCUCACCAAAGGUCCCCCAACCGUUCCCAAAGCCACUCAUCUUCAAAAGGUCACCAACCCAACCCUCUUCGCCAACAUGGCCUUUGCUAUCUCCUACAAAGGCGACACGGCACAAGACAUCUCCGACCGCACAGCCGUCACGCGCCUCAUCAAAUCCCACGGCGGCCGCCUCCUCGAUGGCUUCAAUGACCUCUUUACUGAUGGUCCCACCUCCCUCCUCACCACCCCUUCCACAGCGACGAAGCAGCCGCUACCCCCGCUCAAACAUAAACAGAAACAGAUUGGCGAGCUGGCCCUCGCACCUGGUGCGCAGGAUCUUGGCUUCGUAGCCUUCAUCGGUGACCACUACACGCGUAAAUCCAAGUUCGUGCAGGCGCUCGCACUGGGUCUCCCUUGUCUCUCCGGGCGCUGGGUCACUACUUGCGUAGCGCGCGGCAGGAUCGUGCCGUUCCUGCCGUUCUUGCUCGCGGCGGGGGAAUCGUCGUACCUCGGAGGCGCGGUGCGGAGUCGCCUGUUAGCGCCUUAUGAUCCGUCGACUGCGCGGUUUGAGGAGACGUUUGCGCGAAGGGAGAAGCUGCUUGGCGGAAAGCGAGUCAUUUUCCUGAUGGGUCGCGGAAAGGCGGAGGAGCGAAAGAAGGCGUAUCUCUUUUUGACAAGGGCGUUGGGUGCGGGUGAGGUGAGGCGGGUAGCGAGUGUGAAGGAGGCGAGGGAGGUGGUGGAAAAAGGUGGUGGUUGGGAUUUGGUGUAUGUGGAUGAUGAUCGGAAGGUUGCUGGUGCCGAGGCCGAGAUUCUGGGUGUGGUGGAGGCUACUGCGAAAGCGAAGGGGAAGGCCAAGGGAAAAGCGGGGAAAAGGAAGAGGGGUGAGGAAGUGGAAGAUGAGAAGGCCGGGUCGGAGCAGGGGGGUGAGAGGAAGAAGGUUAGAGUUGUGGGAGAUGAGUUUGUGGUGCAGAGUCUUAUCUUGGGGUGUUUGAUGGAUGAGGAAUAGACUUCCUCCUGGCGCGUACCCUGCGGAGGCCAUGUACAGAUAAUGGGGCAUUAUUAGGCGCGGGAUCUGGCAUCAGUUACUACCUACUACUGUACUGUACUACUCGCAUAUGUGGGAAGGAGGGGUGGGCGGGGAUACCACUUGCUUCGGCGUUGGGAAUAUUGCUAUUAUGUAGCUUUGCUGCGUUGCUAGAUUGGUAGCAUGCAUAGGUG